AUGGCUGUCAGUCAAUCGGUGGUCGGCCGCCACAGUGCGGAGAAGGCGCAUGGUCUCGCGGGUAUGCUCAAGAACCCAUACGUCUUCAUGACCUGUUGCUUUGCCUCCCUUGGUUGUAUCAUGUAUGGUUACGAUCAAGGUGUGAUGGGUCCUAUCCUUGUCAUGGAGAACUUCGAAAAUCACUUCCCCACACUCAUGGGAGCUAACCUCCAGGGUUGGCUGGUGUCGGCCCUCGAGCUUGGUGCUUGGGCUGGUGCUCUGAUCAACGGUGUCCUCGCUGAUCGCAUUUCUCGAAAGUACGCCAUGAUGGUCGCCGUCGUUAUCUUCACUCUCGGUACCGGUCUGCAGGCUGGUGCCCAAAACCCCAACUACUUCUUUGCUGGUCGUAUUAUUGGUGGUGUGGGCAUUGGUAUGUUCAGUAUGGUCAUUCCACUUUACCAGGCUGAGAUUGCUCCUCCCGAGCUGCGCGGAUCCCUCGUUUCCCUGCAACAGCUUUCCAUCACCAUCGGUACCUGCAUCUCUUUCUGGCUCGACUACGGCAUGCAGUUCGUCGGUGGAAACACGUGCAACCCGGAGGGCAUCGCCAACCCUUAUCUCGCCGAUGGAACCUUGAACGUCGCUAUCACCCACUCUCACACCUGCCUGGGUCAGAAGACUAUUGCCUGGCGUCUGCCUUUGGCUUUGCAGAUUAUUCCUGCUUGGAUCCUGUUCUUUGGAAUGUUCUAUUUCCCCUUCUCCCCUCGUUGGUUGAUGAUGAAGCACCGCGAGGAAGAAGCUUUGGAUUCUCUUUCCAAGCUGCGCCGCCUCCCCAAGGACGAUGCUUUUCUCCGCGCCGAGUUCCUCGAAAUUAAGGCUGCUGUUAUGUUUGACGAGGAGAGUGAGCGUGAGAUGGUCGGCAGCGACGGCCGAUUGGGUCCCUGGAAGGCUCUCUUUGCACCUAACAUGCUUAAGCGACUCUUCCUCGGCUGUGGAUCCAUGGUUUGCCAGCAAUUUACUGGUAUCAAUGCUGUCCUUUACUAUGCUCCUCAGAUUUUCAAGAGUUUCGGCUUCAACUCCACUAAGCAGACUCUGCUCGCCACUGGUGUCACUGGUAUUCUGCAGAUUGUUUUCACUCUUCCUUCUGUCUUGUGGCUUGACAAAUUCGGCCGUAAGACCUUCCUCAUUGUCGGUGCUAUUGGCAUGUUCCUCUGCCACAUCGUGGUUGCCACUGUCGAAGGUCUCUUCAAGCCUAAGUGGGAUCUCAACGAGGGGCUUGAUAAGGGCCAAGGUUGGGUCGCUAUUGUUUUCAUCUGGCUCUUCGCCGUCAACUUCGCUUACUCUUGGGGUCCUGUCACUUGGGUGUUGGCUCAAGAAAUCUUCCCCAACAGUCAACGUUCCCGUGGUGUUGCCAUCGUCGCUUCGACUAACUGGAUGUUCAACUUUAUCAUUGGUUUGACCACCAAGGAUAUGCUCAACAACAUGAAGUACGGCACUUACAUCUUCUUCGCCAUCUUCAGUGGUAUCGGUGGUCUCUUCAUUUGGUGGUUCGCCCCCGAGACUAAGGACAAGACCCUUGAGGAGCUUGACAUCUUCUUCGGUGGCACUGAUGCCACUAUUGCUGCCGCUGACCGCCAGCGCAUGGAGCGUAUUUACGAGACCCUCGGAUUGGCUGGUGUCGAUAGAGUCGAGGACUUGAAGACUGCCGUCCAUGCCGACCAGAUCGAGGUCACCGAGGAGACUAAGGCUUAA